CCCAAUCAUCUUUCACAUCAUGUUCUUCCGCUCCAUCCUGGCUAUCGCCCUUUCCGCUGUUACGUUCGUCUACGCCGACGACAUCUCCCGCGACGUCGUGGUUGCCGAUGGCACGGACCUGACCCAGUUCUGCUCGCAAUGGGACUCUACCUGUACCGACACCGUUGGAGUCUCGGGCACCCCGGCAUCUAACUGCACGCCCGACAGCGCUGAUACUGCCAGUGUCUACUGCAUGUCCGUCUACGGCGACGAUGCCGGCGAGACCACCGAUCUGACCGAGGACAACGCGCAGGCUAUGGGUGUUCAGUUCCUCUAAGAGUUGAAUGCUGGAUGAGUAGUGGAUGUGGGCAGAUGUAGCGGAGCAGGUAGUAGAUGGUGCGGAAAGAGGACGGUUAUCGAGUCGUGGGCAGUCGUUUGGACAUUUAGUUAUUUUAAAUCCUAAUCGCUUUCUAGC